CCAACCAAACUCUGUUCUGCGACGGCCAUCUAUAUCUAUCACGGUGGUGACGACAAAUUCCACUAAAUUGACAGCUCGGCGCGCGUGGCAACACCUCUCCUUUCUUUUCCCUUUCCACCUCUGUUUCCAUUUCCCAUUCAAACCCAAAGCCCGCCAUUGAUGUCUCUCUCUCUCUCUCUCUCUCUCUGCUUCAAUUCAAUCAAUCCUCCCCACUUUCAAAUCUCACUUUUCGUCUCUUCAAAAUUCAACAGAACCAUCAUCCCAUUUUUUCCCGCUUUCCUCCACCAUGAAGCUCUCGUCUCCCUCUUCAUCCUCUGCUGCUUCCACCGCCAGCACGGCGGCCGCCUCUUUCGGUUGUCUUGCCACAAUGCUCCGCAGCCUUCUUUGCUUCAACGGCCUGCCCACUCACCCUUCUGAUCAGAUUAAAGAUACGGAGGUGGGCUCGGUGGAUUUUGACAAGCUGGGAAAUUCAGUGACGGAGAAGAAGGUGGCCGCGGCGGCUGCAGCUCCCGGGCUAGUGGCAAGGUUAAUGGGAUUGGAUUCGAUGCCGACGAAUUCCAGGUCAAUUACGAGAAGCAGAUCGAUGGAUUAUGAUUCUUUGAGGGAGGUUGAGGGACAGCACCGGCGGGUCAAGACGUCGUUGUCUUCCCGGGAAUUUCCGACGUUCUUGGAGCACGAGGAUUACUUCAUUCUGAGCUUUGAUAAUUCGCCGGAAAAUAUGGAAUUCGGAUGGGAAGUGAAUAAAGCUGAGGCCAAAUUGAAGCGAAGAAAAGGUGAGAGAAGAAGAGGUGAGUGCAAGAACGACAAAGAAAACCGAGACAACACAAGGAUCAAGUGCAAGCCUUCUCGAAAAGAGAAAGUUGAAGAUGAGAGUAGAAUUCUUCGUCCGACGAACAAAUGUGAUCGAAAUUCACACAUUCCCGCGGAAGGUUUGAAUGUAUUGAAACCGCUUAACCUCAGAGAAAACUCUAAUGGAGCAAAACAGGGGAAGGUUGAAGCAGAGUGCAGCUCAGAGAACUCGAGAGAAUCAAGCCCUGUUUCUGUUCUUGACUUCCGUGGGUCCAAAUCCAUUCUUGAUCCCAAAGUUCCUGAAUCAGAGGAAGAAGAUGCGAGGCUAUUGACGAGCUCAAAUUCAAGAAGGAAGUUAUCAGCAAAACUCGAAAGCUUUGACCAAUCGGUUCCAUUCAAACACAGUAAUUCUACGAGUAAUCUUCAGAAACGAAAGAACAUUGAUGGAAAGUGUGGGGGAUCAAAAAGGGACUGUUGGCAGAGCGAAAAUUAUGGGGCGACGUGGGAAGAAAUCUGUACAAUAGCUGAUGAAGAUAUGAAAGGAUUGAAUUGGGUAUACAGAGAGAGAGAAUUAUGGAAGCUUAAGCUUGAAGAUAUUGCCGACAAUAUAGGUUCGGAAUUUGAGCUGCAAAUUCUGGAAGAGUUGAUGGACGAGGUUGUAGAUGAACUCGUUGAGACUUGUCAUCAAAAGGUUUUGAUUUGUUAAUAAUACUACUACUAAUACUACUACUACUUGUUGCAAGUUGACUUGACUUAAGGGCUAAAGCUAACCAAUUAUGUAAAACAGGUUGCGUUUAGAUAUUAAACCAUUCAUUCUUGUAUGGGUCUGAUUAAUCAUGCCUGUUUGUACAAGUGUAACAUUAAUAUAGAAUUGGCAGUUGUUUCGGACCCCUUUCAUUCCUGC